GCCAUCUGGUCGCUACACGCUCAGUUGCCCGUGCGAAGAAAAACGUGCUCAACAGCAAGUUGCUUUUUGUGCGGAGUUAACCCACUUAGUUCGAGACGCAGGAGGUCAAGAACUUCUCGACUGGAAGCAAUUCGAAAGAUUUGGUCUGUCCAUCGUCCAGUGGUCUUUGUGUGCGUUGAAGCUUCGCAGCCUAGUUAGCUUAGCUUAUUUUGCGAACGCAAAACAACGUGGUUCGACGCUUGAACAUCAAGUUGGAGUUUGUAAAGUGUUCGAAAUGCGUGCAAGAAGGAUGCCAGCCGCAAAGUUCGAGGCGGGAUUUUGUGGCGCAAAGGAUCAGCGACGACUUCACCUCUCGACUGCUUGCAAUAAGCAAGUAAAAGUUGUUCUUCACAGACUAGCAGAUUUCAGCAAAUAUCUUGAUCCUGAGUGGCAGGAGUCAGAGUCUCCUGGCGUAAAAGAGGAAGUUGAGCACCCGAAAAUGAAAUGGGAAGGGCCAGAGCACCCUCAACAGCAAGAGAGAGAAGUACAACCUCCAAUCAAAAAGGAGGAGGUAGAGCUGCCGUACGUUAAAAAGGAGGACGUUAUCACCAUGUCCACUGGUGAGCCCUUGAAUAGCGAGUACGGUCCGAGUGAGGCCAGCAGAGGGACUGAGCCUCCAGGCAGCAGCUCAACAGAAGGAUUGCAAGCACACAUUUUCAUCGCACCAUCAGAUAGAAAUGAAACCACGUCACACUCACCUUACAAAGAUGACGGUCAUAAGAAAUCUCGCAGUAGAAAAACCUUUGCUAAUUACUAUACUUGCCGUAUGCAUAUGAGGAGCCACACUGGUGAAAAUCCUCUUGUCUGCUCAGUUUGUGGAAAAAGAUUCACACAAAAGAGUGCCUUAAAAGUACACACAAGAACCCACACUGCUGAAAAACCUUUUUCCUGCUCAGUUUGUGGCCAAAAAUUCACCCACAAGGAAACUUUAAAAGCACACUCAAGAACCCACACCGGUGAAAAACCAUUUUCCUGCUCAAGUUGUGGUCAAGGAUUCAACUCAAAGCAACAUUUAAUAAUACACUCAAGAACCCACACUGGAGAAAAACCAUUUUCCUGCUCAGUUUGUGGAAAAAGAUUUACUCAGAAGAGCGUCUUAAUCACGCACAUAAGAACCCACACUGGAGAAAAACCAUUUUCCUGCUCGGUUUGUGAUAAAAGAUUUACUCAGAAGAAUGCCUUAAUCAUGCACAGAAGAACCCACACUGGAGAAAAACCAUUUUCCUGCUCAGUUUGUGGUCAAGGAUUCACUUCAAAGCAAAACUUAAUUAGACACACAAGAACCCACACUGGAGAAAAACCAUUUUCCUGCUCAGUUUGUGGAAAAAGAUUUACUCAGAAGAGCACCUUAAUCACGCACAGAAGAACCCACACUGGAGAAAACCCUUUUUCCUGCUCAGUUUGUGGUCAAAAAUUCAAUCGCAAGCACAUCUUAAAAGGACACACUAGAACUCACACUGGGGAAAAACCUUUUGCCUGCUCAGUUUGUGGUAAAAAAAUCAGUCGCACGAGCAGCUUAAAAACCCACACAAGAACCCACACUGGUGAAAAACCUUUUUCCUGCUCAGUUUGUGGUCAAGGAUUCAGUUAUGAGAGUUCCUUAAAAGUGCAUGCAAGAACCCACACUGGUGAAAAACCUUUUUCUUGCUCAGUUUGUGGUCAAGGAUUCAGUUAUAAGAGUUCCUUAAAAGUGCAUGUAGCAACCCACACUGGUGAAAAACCUUUUUCCUGCUCAGAUUGUGGUCGAGGAUUCAGUUAUAAGAGUUCCUUAAAAGUGCAUGUAGCAACCCACACUGGUGAAAAACCUUUUUCCUGCUCAGAUUGUGGUCAAGGAUUCACUCACAUUCAUCACUUAAACGUACACACUAGAAUCCAUUCUGGAGAAAAACCUUUUUCCUGCUCAUUUUGUGGAAAAGGAUUCAGUCAAAUUCACCACUUAAAAGUACACACAAGAACCCACACUGGUGAAAAACCUUAUUCCUGCUCAGUUUGUGGUCACAGUUUCACUGACCAGAGUAAAUUCAAAAUGCACACGAGAACCCACACUGGCGAGAAACCUUUUUCCUGCUCAGUUUGUGGUCAAGGAUUCACUCAAACUUACAACUUGAAAAUACAUGAAAGAAUACACACUGGUGAAAAACCUUUUUCUUGCUCAAUUUGUGGUCAAGGAUUCACUCAAAUUCACCACUUAAAAGUACACACAAGAACCCACACUGGUGAAAAACCUUAUUCAUGCUCAGUUUGUGAUAAAGGAUUCACACAAAUUCGACAAUUAAAAGUACACGUAAGAACCCACACUGGUGAAAAACCUUUUUCCUGCUCAGUUUGUGGUCAAGGAUUUGAUCACAAGGAUCGGAUUAAGAGACACGUGUGUGUUGGUGGAAGAAGCAGUGGCCAAUGACUCUUUUGACUGUCAUUCAUGCUGCCUUCAUCAGAUUGUGCACGCAGGUCAAUUGUAGUUUCCUCAAAUCUUGUUGAGUAUUGGCACUUUUGGUGCCUUCAAAAGUGCUUUGACAAUCCUUGUAUAAUGUGGAUCCACACUAUUGCCAAACAGGCUUUCCCCUACAUACUAGAAAUUGUGGCGCACCGCCACACUAAAAUAACGCCACGCCGUGCAAAAAGAUGUUUUUUUUUUUUUUUUUUUUUUUUUUCCCAAGGCCGUUUCAAACUAGCGGCAGCCUAGUGUGAAGGAUUCAGGCAACCUAUUCAUUGUGUAUUGUAAUGUCCGUAACUAAAUGACGCCCCUUUAAGAGACGAUCGGACGGGAGCUGUGACGUAGAGGGAAGCGAGAAGGCGAUAGCAGUCGCAUGUCACGGAAGCCCACUGUUAUUUUGUUAUCUUUGUUCUUUAGUUUUGUUGCCACAAUAAAGUGGCUAAGACGAUACAGACCCCCCACCCCAACCGGGGCAUUACUUUUUGGAUCGGACAUUUAGGUGAAAGUGAGCGGUGGACGUACGUCUUGGACAAAAAGGCAGGUUUGAAUGAAUUUUUGCCGAGCGCCGGCGCUAAUGUGUCAACAACGCAUUCAAUAUCAUAGGGGCAGGGCUGUUACAGUGAUCGGAUCUACGCAUUCACGGCUGAGGAAACCUUGAUAAAUGCGCUUUUUUUCCCCCAGGUUUCGCGAGCUCUGGGACACUAAAAAAAUGUGUCUUAUACCUCUCCUUGCUAAGCUAAAUGGUACCUCGAUGUGUGUUUGUGUGGAAAUGUAGUUCACGAACAACAAAAAAACUAUUCACCUUAUCACCGAAACCAAUAAAACUUUUUACACCGCAAUUAGAAUUUCCCCUCUACACCUUGAAAUGGGUCGAUUACAAGGGCGUAGGUUUGGUCUCAAUAUUGGUGGGGACGAUAUAACAGCAUAACCUGCAUGUACACUUUUUUCUGGGGACAGGACAUUGAGAAAACCAAACUGAUUAGGUGAAUGAGGCCAGGGCUACAUUUAUCACCAUUAUGAUCCUAAUUAAUUGAUAGGCUAAAUUGAUCAAUGCAAAAAUAAAUCUGUAAAUUGUAAUAAUUUUUUCACACUGCAAAUUUAUAACGUUUUAAUCUGAUGAUUUUUGUUAAAUCUAUUCGAAUAAUUUUUUCCAACUUGUUUUGAGUGUUAAAGACUAACAGAUUAAUGGGUCAGAUUAUUCAAUUUACUGUAGGUAAAUUUUACCAUUUGUUCUCAUUAAGCCCAUACAUCUAAAGGUUGGUCGUUUUUCACCAAAAUCAAGGGGGAGAAUUGAUUUCAAAUAAUGUUUUGAACUACAUCACAUUUUGAAUCAAGAACAUUUCUAACGAAAAAAAAAGCUAAAUUUUUUAAAGAUUAAAUACUCCCUUUUUGUGUAAAAUAAGUGUGUUAAGAUUAUUUUCAGAUAGCUAUUUUAUUUCAAGAAAUCGGAGUGAAAUUUACUUGAAGCACUGGCAGAUAAUUCCACUUAUAUUUACACUGAAAACAAGGGAAUUUAACUAGUCAUCAGCCAAUCAAACAUGCGUUGGGGGGGGUGUCACUGUAAGUCUGAACAUAAUGAAAGUAAUUCACUUAAUAAUGGUAGGGUCAAUUCUAUCCUUACAAAAUAUAUGAAGACAAUCUAAAUGACAUCUAUAAAUGAACUCCUUAUAUAAUGCAAAUAAUGUUGCCUAAAAGUUGGUGGGGACAAUUUGAGCAUCCUGAAAAGUUCCUAGUGUUUAUGGCCCUAACGUCCCUAUGUGAGCCUACGCCUUUGGUCCGUUAACAGAAGGACUUGUAUUGUUGUGUUAAUGUAGUACAUAUUAGGGCCAAAUAAAAGAAAAAAGGACUUUGAGAUGUCAGUAGUACUAUUGCUACAAGAAAAAAAAAAGUAUUACAUAGGGUAAUGUAGCUGUAAUCAGCUAUGCAUUUUACGUACAUGUACCGUAGCUGAGCGCGACGACAUUAGCCUGGCUAAUGAAAUAUUUCAAAUAGAUCUUUGUUAUGGUUCUUCUUGGGUAACAAAAUGUGGGGAAAAAAUUGUCAAAUGAUGCAAUUUUGCUGUGGCACGACAUGGUGAGGCGGUCCGACUCCGAUGCAGCCCACCACCGCAGCUUCAAAAAAUCCUCGGGAAAACACCGCCAAAAGUUUUGGCUCACUUGAUUUAACUCUCAAGUUAAGUGGCAUAAUUUUUUAUACAAUAUAUUCCCUCUUUCAAACUACACUUUUCACAGUUAAUAACUGUAGACCCCAAAUUACAAAAAGUCUAGAUCAUUCAUCAAUAUUAUAAUUACUUAAAUAUGGUAAAUUGUGAUUGGCUCACAAAUAUUUUUUUUGGGGGGGGGUGAUUAUAUGUACUUUAAAAAUGUACUAUUACUAUUCUUGAUUGACAGUGACAUAUUACGACAGAGUAUUGGGGCCAAAUAAAGGGAGGAAAAAAAUGACUACGAGAUUGAAGUUGUACUCGUACUACAAGAAAAAAAGUCAUAUUAUUACGUAGGGGUAAUGUAGCUGAAUAAGGGGCUACGCACUUAAUGUUCAUGUACCUUAGCUUGGAGCUCCGACAAAGCAUUCAUACAAAUCCUUCGAUUGAUUAAAAUUUGAUGUAGAUGAGCUAAAAGUUAACUGAUUUCCUUAUUUUGGAAACUGAUUCUAAGACACAGCCUCACGAGAUGCUUUCAUCAUUGUUGACUUUAGUGGAGUAUGGAAAGUAAGUACCAUAUUUUUCGGACCUCCCACUUGAGUAUAAAUUGCACCAGCAAAAAAAAAAGCACAACGAAGAGAAGGGGAAAAAAAACUGUUGCACUGGAGUAUUCCGGGCUUGCGUAGUUGCAUUUUUGGAGGAAAUUUACUUGCUAAAAUCCAACACAUACAACAGAUAUGUCAUCUUGAAAGGCAAUUUAAACUAAAUAUGUACAUAGAGAACAAAAUGCUGAAUAAGUGUACAGCAUGAUGAUGUUACAUGGUGCAUGACCAACGAAAUGCAAUUACCAAACCAUCAGUGUCCUCCAAAACACCAAAAUUACAUGUGAAAUGAUAUAAUAAUCUGAUAAUAAUUUCACACAUAAGUCGCUCCAGAGUAUUAGUUGCACCCCAAGCCAAACUGGGGGGGAGGGCUGCAAUUUAUAGUCAGAAAAAUACGGUACGUGGCUGCUUGUUCAGCUACAUUACCGCUACGUAACAGGACGACUAUAAUCUCGUACUCCUCUUUUCAUUAUUUUGGCCGAAUACUUUGUCAUAAAAAUCGGACAAUGAUUUUUAAAAUUGUUUGUGCUUUUAAUAACUCGUUGAUGAAAUUUUUUUGACUCCGCUUCACUGUCCUUGUUAAUUUUACUCAUUAUAAACAAGUUUUGUUCAGUCCUUGUCUCCUCUUCCCUUUGUUCAAAACAAGCCUAAUAAUAAUUAUAAUAACUCAAAACUACGGUUGUAACUAAAACCGAUACUUCAUUACCAAGUUGAUUCUAAGAUUAAGGAAAUGUGACAGGACUGCCUUUUCUGCAAUACCCGAAGUAUCGCCGGUACCGACGCGGUCGACACAAUCUGGCUGAUUCUUUUGUGUGGCAUAUGAGGUUGCACCAGUUGCCCGACAAGCUGUCAAUUACACAGCUAAAAUGGGGGUUGUAAAUGAGCGGUUAUAUGGAAACCCACGCUGUGCUAAGGAACGAGAAAAACUGUCAAUUUAUGCAACAUGGCAGUGACGUGCAUUUACUUCGUUUAACACCUCAGCCUAUUUUUUUUUUUCAAAUCUGCAUACCUUUGAUGUUGCCUUUAUAUUUUAAAGAAAAAUAAUCACAAUUGCCGGAAUGGGUCCCUUUUUUAGGACACCAUUUCCUUCAUGUCCAAAUUGUUGUUUUCUUCAACCGAUUAUAAUCAACAUUUUGGACCCAAAAAGACAACAACAACAAAUCAAAACAUUUUUGUGUUAAUUUGUAAUAUUGAUGUCCCUUUGACAACCAAACAUGCUCAAUGAAAUGUUUUUAAGUGUGAUAUUUAUUCAACUUGUUAGGAUAAAUAUUCAACAACAUCAAAAUGAGACUGAAUAGUUUUAUAUUUGAUAAUUCAACAAAAACAGGUUUGGUCAAAGGUGUUUUGUCCAUAUUAUGGUCAAAACAGGUUAUAUACAGGAGACCAACAGUGCUAAAUAGUGACUAUAUGUAUAAAAUAUAUAUUAUACACAGUAUAUAAUAUAUAUUGUGUCUAUAAAAUGUGUUAGUUUUCCUCUCAAUGUGCAAAAAGGGCCAUAAAAUGAAAACUAUAUACUGUACAUUUUUUAUAUACCCCUAUAGACCCUACUCACCUACGUCACAAAAUGGGCGUGUCGCUGUUUCCGGCCGCCAUACUGUACCUCUUUUUCAGACCUAUUCUCAUUGUUUUCAAUUAGUCGAGCAAGUUAUAGAGCAAUUCAUGGAAGCCCCGGUGUUAUCUGACGCUGUAAACUCAUUGGAUCCGUUGCAUAAAAGGCGUUACGUGGAAAAGCUUCAGUUUAUCCAUUCGCCAGAUCCGUAUUUGAUGCCUAAAUCGAUGUUUUUCGACCCGCUGGCUUCGCCUGACAUCUGAUACCCACACAAAAUCAGCCUAUUCUCACGAAAGUUUGAAAAACUUUAAAAGCUUGGAGGCUUAUAAAUGCUACGUUGCUGGUUGGGUGAAACAGGUCCUCGUACACGAAAAUUCGGCAGGAAUCUUGUGCUCGGAAGGUGAGUUACGAAAUUUUCAAUUCAAAAUCUUUUGUUCUUGCUAACAUCCACUGUCAAGUCUAAUGUAUUUCAUGUCAUUUGUCAAUAGAGCUAGGGCUUUUAAUGUUUAUAUGGUUUAGCGAUAGCACUAACUACAUACAUACGUGUAUGUUGUCGGCGAUUAGCCUAGCAAUGAUCUUAAUUGUGGUUGUCAGCCCAAAAACCUCUAAAUAUAUAUUAAAUGCAUCUUACCAGAUAUAAAAUGACUACUACAUAAUCUGUGGUAGUCGUUUGGAGCCCAGUUUUCUCGUCGAAUUGCAGCAGUCAAUCGUGGCCUCCUCUUCGUGUCUCUCGGAAUACGGUAAAAAUUCAAGUCUCUCCGUCUAUCUUCUCUGUUUUUGCAACCGACCGCCACACACGACUUCACCAUUUUGAGUAUUAAUGUUGACGAGCAGUAAAACGUGCAAUAAUAGGAAGAAUUUACGAAGUGCUAAUGCAUUUCUAUGGCGAGUAUGCGGACAUCAUGGCGCGGGGGCGUGGCUGUGACGUCACGUGAGUAGGGUCUAUACCACAAACAAAUUUUCAUUCAAAAUUGUAUUUUUGUCAAUGAUUUGGUAAAUAAAAGUUAACAGAGCCAGCGAUAACCCCAACCUCCAUCUCCUAAUCACCCCCCCCCCCCCUCCCACACACACACACACAUUUCCUAAACGCAAAACCUCCAUUUUAACGACUUAAGAACAUUGGAUGCUCAUUAAAAUAGUGUACCGCACAUAACACUAAUUACAUUAACAUAACUGUUGCUAGGAGGGUCAAACAUGCAUUUGUCCCUCAUAAUAGAUGCAUGUAAAUAGUGUAGGAGCAAGAUGUUUACAGAGAUAAACCUACCAAUUCUGUCCGAAAAUGAUGUCCCUUAUGCCAAAUUAACUGGUAAAGAUGUGGCAGAUCAUACAAAUAUUCAGUUAAAGAGAUGGCUUGAGUGUCGAGGGCCCCAAAAAAAUGGGGAAAAAGAGCCGACCUGAUCCAGCCUUACGCUACUGACAAUGACAUUCUCCUGUUUCAAAUAGCUAUCCUUUACCACCAUAUGCCCUGUCUUUCUUAUAUAAUAUAUCCUCUAGUUGUCUUGCGUCUCUGACCGUUCUUGGGGGUGAUUUAUUUUGCUAUUUUUGUGUAGCGAUCGCAAAUGCUACUCAGUGACAGCCAACAAACACUUUUUUUUUUAAUAAAUGAAUGCUCUACUUUGACAAUGAUAAAAUAAGAUUUUUAAAAAAUGACAAAACCACUGAUAAUACUUGAGAUAACAGCAACAAUAUUUAAGAACAUUUUGAUAAUAAUACUAAUGAUGUCAGUGAAGCUCCCCCUUCAAACUGUAAUGACCUUCUUUAUUUAAAAAAAAAAAAAAUUCUGGAAAUUGGCAGGAAGUGACCUGUGUAUAGCAUUAUACAGUACAUGAGCUGAGCUGUUUGAAAAUGAACCAAAUCUGUGAGUUUUAAUGUUCUGGAUUUUAAAAAUGAGAAAUUGGUAUGAGCUUAUGUACUUUUCUUACGGCUUUUUUUUUGCAAAAUGGAUAGUGAUUUUAUUGUACAUUUAUAAGUGUUACCCCAGACCUCUGCACAGUAGUGUAAAUAUGGCAGGAUUAAAGAAUGUGGAGUGAUAAUGUGAUCAAUGUCAUUUGAAUUGGUGGAUGUUUUGCAUUUACAUGUAUUUACAGUAUCAAUUAUUCCUCCUUCCACCACUGCUGUAAUGGACAUUGAACUGGGAUUCCUUUCAAUUAGGUUUUCAUUCCACUCCUCAGAUAAACUUGCAUCUGGAAUUAUUUUUUGCCAGAUUUGGUCCAACAUUUACAAAGAAAUCAUUGAAGCUGCUGACGAUGUAAUCCAUAUUAUCCUUCUUCACAUCAUUUUCCUCAAAGCAUUGAGGAUAGCUCUGUUGCGUUGCACCAUUUUUAAUAAUUCCAUUCAAUGUUUUGUUGUACAAUAUUUUACUAUAGUAUUCCUUCAUACGUAUCCUUAUGAUAUUGGUCAGUUUAUUUUCUUAUAUAUUUUAUAAUUUCUUCUGCCUCUGUAGUUCUUUGUUUUAUGAAUUUUCUGUACAGUGUGUUUUUCUUCUUCCAAGCAUUUUGUAAUCCCUUCGUGAACCAUGGCCAAUCUUUUUACUUUUGUUUUUUGCUGUACCGUUGUAUUGGACAGUUUUUAUCAUUUAAUGAUGUGAAUUCAUUAAGAAAUGUUUCAUAUACACAGUCAAUGUCAAUUCCAAUAUGUACAUUUUCCCAAUUUUGUGCCAGUAAAUCCUUUUUAAAUGAGUUCAGUUUCGUCUGUCCUUACUUGCCUGGAGGCUACUUGACAGUCGUCUCUGGCAAAUUUCUUAGCUGGGUGCCGUUAUAAAUUGUAAAAACUGGUAGGUUAUCACUCAUAUCGUUAACAGUCCACUUACUGUAUUACUUUCAAUG